AUGCUUGUCGAUAGACUAUUGCCUAGAAAUUAUGAUCCAUUAUUACCGCCAAAACUUAAUGGAAAUCCUGUUAAUGUUGAUGUUAAAAUAUCGAUAUUAAAUAUACGCUCAAUAAAAGAGACUGAAUUGUCAUAUAUUGUAGACAUAUUUUAUCACCAGUAUUGGUCCGACUAUAGGAUUUUACCACAAAAUCUAACACUUGACCAAAGGAUAGUAUUGGAUAAUAAAUGGAGACAUAAACUAUGGAUUCCCGACUCAUAUUUCAAGAAUGCAUUGAGUGGUCACGUAACUGAUAUAAUAUUUCCAACCCUUUAUUUUGCUGUUCACAAUCAAACGGAAUUAUUUAUGGCAUCAAGAGUGUCUCUACAAUUGAGUUGUGAUAUGGAUUUUGUUAAGUUUCCUCACGACACACAAACAUGUUAUAUAGAUCUCAUGUCAUUAUCACACAAUACACAAACAGUGACCCUAUCGUGGAAAGAGUUUUACAUUACAAAUAGCUUACAUUUGCCUCAAUUUUGGCUCUCAGAGUAUUCACACGAGACGUGUAUGAAAAAGUAUGCAAUCGGAAACUUUUCGUGCCUCAGGGCAACCAUCAAAUUGAAACGACAGUUGGGUCUAUAUAUUGUCAAGAAGUACAUCCCGAGCACAUUGAUUGUUGUCAUGUCGUUUGUCGGCUUCUGGAUUCCGGUAACGGCAUAUCCAGCCAGAGUGGCACUGGUAAUAACAGCACUGUUAGCACUGAUAACACAACAACACCAGAGCAGCGAAGUUAAUGUCUCGUAUGUGAUAGCGUUGAACGUAUGGAUGAUUAUAUGCAUCGCUUUCGUCUUCUUCGCGCUCAUAGAGUACGCCAUUGCCAUCGCUUAUCAGGAAAGUCAGAUCCAGAAGUCAAGAGACUCGUCCAGACUCUACCAAAAAGGCUUACAUUUAAGCCAUUAUCUAAACAGUUUCGAUACGAUAACAAACUUUGAUAACAAUGAGAAAAACAAUAGCACAACAACUACUACCGGUGCCAACAAUGAUGAUAAUCAACAUUCAUUGAGUACGGCUAAACUCAGAUGGAUUCAACAUUUUAUUAACAACUCAUCUCCAGCACAGUUACUGUUUGCCAAUAAUAUGUAUGACUAUCCUGAGGUCAGCACUCAUAUUGCUAUCAAUUCAGUGGAUAAAAUAUCGAGAUAUUUGUUUCCCAUUGCAUUCAUUAGUACAUCUAAUACAUUACUUGUUAUAAUUAUAUAA